AUGGAGGAACAGUGAGUUAAAGCGUUCGAAAAUGCGAAAUUCAAUAAAUCUUGAUUUUAGAGAAGAUCGACUUACUCUAUUAAAGAGCAAAAUUGAGUUCUACAAUCAAAACUGCAAUUCUGAAAUGCUCACCGAAAUAAUUGAUUUGAUAUUUGAACUUGUUUGCACACAGAGUAAAAAUCUUCUAGAUAUAUAUAUAUAUAAGAUCUGCGAAAUUCAAUUGGUGAAAGAGAUAGAAAAUGGUAUAGACACAUUCGAGAAAGCAAUCGAAUGUUAUUAUGCUGAACGGUUUUCGGAUGAUAUAAUGAAUAUUGUGGAAGAUAAGGAUUUGGAUUAUAAAGGUGACGAUUGGAAAAAGAUGUGAGCUUUGUUUUGUGUUAUCACAAAUUUUGAAAGAUCAAUAUUUCUAUAGACGAUUUCUGGCACUUGCAAUCGAUAGUGUUCAUUCACUGGCGAAACUUCCUGAUAAAUGGUUCGAGGCAAUUAAAACCGAUGAAAUAGUUGAGAAUGAGGUAAGCCACGUUUCAUUUUGACAGCCAAAACGGCUCUAUCUCAAUAUAAGGGUCCCAGAAUAAUUAAAAGGUCCGUUAUUUGUUUUAAGGGUCCCAAAAAUUAAAAAAAAAUUUUUUAAAGACUUUCAAAAAAAAUAAUGGACCCUGAUAUUUUUUUGGACCCUUGAACAAAAUAACGGCCCCCUAUAUUUUUUUACGGACCCUUAUAUUGCGAUAGAGCCCGAAAAACAAUAGUUUUUAGUAUGCGAUACAAUGUGGAAUCGCUUUUAUAAUGUCAUCUGGAUUAUCGAACAUCAAUUAUUAUCUUGACGAUCAGAUUUAUUUUUACUCGAGGCUUGCGAAACUGAAGCCACUUUGUAGAAGAAGAAGAACUCAGAAAAUGAUCGAAGAUUUGUUUCGAUAUUCACCUCUUGGCUUGGAUAUUGAUGAUAUAGCUAUUGAAAACGAUUGCGAUGUGAUUGAAAAUUUGAACGAGCUUCUCAAGAAUGUAUCAGCUGAUAAUGAUCGGUUGACAAUUCAAUGUGUAGAAAUGAAAGCACAGUUGAAACAGGAAGGAAUUCGAAUCAAUGAUUUUAAGUUCAAGAUUGAUGAACUCGAAAAAAUCAUUGAAAAUCAGAAAAACGAGUCGAAAAAUGCAUUUAGAAUGACUAUAAGAUGUCCAAAUGUUCGUAGAAUUCAUGAAAAAUAUGAGAAAAUUCUUCGAACCAAUUAUGAUUCUCUACUUCCAAAACUAAUAUCAAAUAUUGACAGAUUGAUACAAAGUCAACCAGAAUCCACCGAAAUUCUGAUGAUGGUGGUGAAAGUUUUGGAUUUCAAAAAAGGAAUUGAUGAAUAUUUGAGAAAAGUGAAUGAGGAUUAUUGGAAAAUUGAGAGGAAUCCAAAUAUUUCGAUGGGAAAAUUGGGAAAUCCUGAGCUGGAUAAGUUUCCAAGUGAUGAAUUUAUGGAAAAUAUUCGAAAAUUGAUGGAGGAGAAUCAUUUUGAUUUGUAA